AUGUACAAAAACUUUUCAAUACAUCAAUCUACCGUGCGUUUGCACCUAAGACCCAUGCUUCUUGUGUACCGGAAACCCCAUGUGAGCGAUACCAACGCUGUUGUAUUGCCUUCAGAGGAACAGGGCACCGUCGGUGUAACCGUUACGUCAGACUGGCAAAAGAACAAUACGGGGUCCCUACCCGCAACAAUUACAUUUGGCACGACCUUGAAAAGCACGAAUCUUGCUAUGCCAACUGUAUUUGUCCAGUGGAUGGUACUGAUGGGCCUUUUUGCCCCUGGCACACGGCCCUGCAUCUGGACUCGACCCAAGCGGUGCAGGAACAGCUAG